UUCAGUUUUAAUUUGAAAUAUUUUACUGCACAUCGACUUCCUGUGGUAGGCUGAAAAAGCAAAAAGUAGUCCCUCUUGGAAAAAAAAAGGUGCCUUCCUUUUUUUUCCUUUUCUGCCAACAUAUGAAAGCUAAAACAAAUCGAGUUCGCUUUUUGAUCCGUCGAUGCCAAUUGGUCGAAAGCAUAGGUGUGUCAGGAGGUGUGUACGCAUGUCACAGUCCCGCACUACCUCACUUCCGGCGGAGCUUGAGACGAGCCGCCGAGGGAGGCGAAGAGCGUCGACGGAGCCGCGCGGAGGUCUUCUGUGCAUGCGUGGUGGCGAUUCCAGAGAGCGAAGCGCCUCCCUCCUCUGGUGUCCGGCAGACAGACGUGUAUCCCCGGCAACAUGAACUGAACUUCAGCGAGAGCUCAGCCUCGAAGGUUUUGGUCCCAGAUCUCCAUCAUGGCGGCGGAACUGUACAGCCCCCCGUCCCCGCUGGGAGAUUCCCUCCUGGACAGUCCUCUGUGUGGAGACCUGAUCGAGGAUCUUCGUAAGAUCUCUGCGUCAAUAGGAGACGACACGCUGGAAUUUGACUUUCCGGAGUGCCAGAGCAGCGACUCCGGGGCUAAAAGCUCGGUUACGCCGGACCCCUUAACUCCAGCCUCCAGUCCUUCACCAGAGGUGUGUGGAGCGGCCCCGGCAGCGGAGGACGGCGCCGGCCCCCUCAGCCUGGAGUGUCGCGUGUGUUCAGACCGAGCUUCGGGUUUCCACUAUGGCGUCCAUGCAUGCGAAGGCUGCAAGGGUUUCUUCAGAAGAACCAUCAGACUGAAGCUGGAGUACAACAGAUGUGAACGCAGCUGUAAGAUCCAGAAGAAGAACCGCAACAAGUGCCAGUACUGCAGGUUCAACAAGUGUCUGAUUGUAGGGAUGUCCCACAACGCCAUCCGCUUCGGCCGCAUGCCGCACGCAGAGAAGCUGAAGCUGAAGGAGGAAAGCAAGGUGGCAGAGAGGGAAGUUGAAAGCUGCAUGGAGGGAGACCGGAAGACUCUGGUCCGGCAGAUCCACGACGCCUACAUGAAGAAUUUCACUAUGAACAAGGCGAAGGCGCGGCUCAUUCUGACCGGAAAGACGAGCGAGCCGCCUUUUAUUAUCCACGACAUGGACACGUUUCAGCUAGCCGAGAGGACGCUAGCGGCCCACAUGGUAAAAGGUGAGCGCUCGGAGUCGGAAGGCGAGGUUCAGUCCGAACCCGUGACUCCGGCCGCGGUGUGCCAGGAGCUCCAGCAGAGGGAGGCUGAAGCCCGGCUGUUCCACUGCUGCCAGAGCACGUCGGUGGAGACGGUCACCGAGCUGACGGAGUUCGCCAAGGCCAUGCCGCACUUCCAGAUGCUGGAUUUAAACGAUCAGGUGACCCUUCUGAAAUACGCGGUUCACGAAGCCCUUUUCACCCUUCUGGCGUCCUGUAUGAACAAAGAUGGCCUCCUGGUGGCUCGCGGCAGAGGCUUCAUCACGCGCGAGUUCCUGAAGAGUCUCCGACGGCCGUUUAGCGACAUGAUGGAGCCGAAGUUCCAGUUCGCCACACGCUUCAACUCCAUGGACCUGGACGACAGUGACCUGGCUCUUUUCGUCGCCGCCAUUAUUUGUUGUGGAGACCGUCCAGGUCUGGUGGACGUACCUGUGGUGGAGCGGCUGCAGGAGAGCAUCAUUCAGGCGUUGCGGCACCACCUGCUGGCCAAUCACCCCGACGACACCUUCCUGUUCCCCAGGCUGCUGCAGAAGCUGGCUGACCUCAGGGAGCUCGUCACAGAGCACGCCCAGCUCAUUCAGGAAAUCAAAACUCUGGAGGACACGUCGCUGCACCCGCUCCUGCAAGAGAUAUACAAGGACAUGUACUGAUUAGACUUCCACCAGCGCAGGGAGAAUCAUGUGGGAGAGUUGACUGUUUGUCUACACAAAUCCUUGUGUAGCAGUUUAAUGGAAUAAGUUUGAGAAUAUUUUUGCAUAAAUUCUGGGAAAAAAAUCAACUUUUUGAAGAUCUAACAUUUUUUAUUUGGGUCUUUGCAGUAAAGUCUGUCUCAAGAGUUGAUAAUUUGCCGUAAAUCAAAUAUUUCUUUUGUUACUCCCCCAAAAAGUUACAUGUGCGUUAUAGUUUGUUUUUAAUAUACUUGUAUGUAUUCUAAUCCAUGCUAUGCCUAAAAAAAAACUCACUUUUAUUUUGUUCUUUGAAUUUCAGUUGUCGUUUUUACAGGUCAAUAUUCAAAUUCUUUCUUUGCUAUAUGUUUUCAGUGUCAAAAAAGUCAUUUGUGAGAUAUUUUUACACCAUAAACUGGAUUUUUUUUUUUU